AGUACGGAUCCAAAGUCUACUGGUUUCGUUGGUCCGAUAAAAUUUACAAAGCCACCCCCUCCAUAUUCUCUCCCUCAACUCUCUCUCCCUCUCUCCCUGGUAUCCGUCUGUUUCUUCGUCAGAAACCCUACUCGCCAUGGGCGAUUUUGGUCGGAUUUCUGUCCAUGACGCUCUCGGAGGCGGCCCAGUUGCUGAUAUAUUGUUAUGGAGGAACUCUUACGGAGGAGGAGUUGUUCUAAUCGGUUCCACCAUCCUAUGGUUCCUAUUUGAAAGAGGAGGAUAUAACGUCUUGGCAUUCAUCGCCAAUAAUCUACUGCUUUUGGUUGUUAUACUCUUUUUCUGGGCUAAAUCUGCAUCCCUUCUCAAUAGACCCUUGCCUCCAAUUCCUGAAUUGGACAUUUCGGAGGAAUCGGUUCUUAUUGCUGCUGAUGAGAUGCACGUGUGGGUAAAUCAUGCUUUUUUAAUUGCACAUGAAAUUGCAGUUGAUGGAAACGUCAAAGCUUUGAUUUUGGUUGUAUCUAGCUUAUGGCUGAUUUCUUAUAUCGGUAGCUUUUUUAACUUCCUUACGAUGAUCUAUAUUGGGGUACUUCUUAGUUUAUCUGUACCUUUCUUAUACGACAAGUUCCAGGCCCAGGUGGAUGAAAAGUUAAUAGUAGCACACAAGAUUGUCCAUACAGUCGUGAGGCAAGCGGAUAUUGUCUUACAAAUGAUCCCAACAGCACAACACAAGCAAAAGAAGAAUCAGUAGCCAAUAGGUGCAUGUUAAGAAGGUUUGUUGAUUUGGGGUGCUGGAGAUCUCUAUGGCAACACAUGUUGCAGAAUUGGUGUUAAUUUUGGUGAGUAGUUGAUUGAUUGCUGCAAAUCCUUGUUCCAGCAUAUGGUAGUUCAGUUUUUUGAGGGUGUGCAAGUUUCCCUGAAAUGCAAUUGCAAGCUAUAGUUGUGGUCUUUUUAUGGAAACAUUUCUUUUAUUUUUGUCUUUGGCUACUUUCUGUUUUCUUAACAGCUUAAUUACAAGUCAUUAAGGUACCACAAAAUCAGAUGUUAACAAAAAUAGUUAUUAU